CAUGUGGUGUCAUGUUAACUUAACUUGUGGCAGCUACAAGCUCUAGUUGAACUCUAGUCAAUAGACAGAAAACCGGAAAAGUCACAUUUCUAAAUUUGAGAUGUGUCUCCUAAUAGGACCCACUGGAGUAGGGAAGACGUUAUUGUUGAAACGACUGAGCUCCAUAGGGAAAGGAGCUUUUGAGAAUCUAGGACAAAUUCCAUCAACGAUUGCUACAGUUGGGUCAAACUUGGUGACAGUUAACAUACAUAAAAAGCAUGAUAUUACAAUAAGAGAGUUAGGAGGAAGCAUGGGACCUAUCUGGCAAAAUUAUUACAAAGAUUGUAAAACUGUUAUAUAUAUGAUAGAUGUGUGCAAUCGUCUCCAGGUAUCUUCUGCCUGUAUACAGUUGUUGGCCCUUUUGACUCAUGAAUCUCUCCUGAAAACUCCAAUUCUUCUUAUCUUUAACAAGAUAGACAUGCCAACCCGCAUGACCAAGAGUGAAAUAGAGGCAUUGUUCAGGCUUCAGGACAUAAUAAAAAGUGCUCAGCAGGUGAUCUCCGUUGUGGAGAUUAGUGUCCACACAGGUCAUGGUGUUCAGGAUGUCAUCAAGUGGAUUCAGAAGGCCCAGAAGUGACACUUGAGUUAACAGUGUACUUUAGAAACACAAACAAAAACUGUGCGUAUUAGGGGCAGAAGAAUCUGACCUGUUUAAUGCACUAGGGACAAAAGAAGUAUUUUCUCAGAACAUUGAUUGGUAUUUAAUGCCCUGCUCAAGAAUUUUUCACUUCACUGACAGUCAGGUUUGUGAGUGGAGGAAGUGAACACCCAGAGUCCGCUUUAUAGGUGGAGGAAACAGAGUGGCCAAAGUACACCUUUAUGGAUGGAGGAAAUAGUGCCCAGAGUACCAUGGGUCAGAUUACGAGUGGAGAAAGCAGAGUGCCCAGAGUUCCAUGGGUCAGGGUUAUGGGUGGAGGAAGCAGAGUGCCCAGUGUACCAUGGGUCAGGGUUAUGGGUGGAGGAAGCAGAGUGCCAAGAGUACAACGGGUGGAGGUUUAAUUUGGUUCAAUAUGACCACAGUGACCAUAUAAUGUGAGCAAGAUUCAUAAUGUAUUUCUGUGAUAUCCACCUUGUAUGAUCCCAUGAAUGAGGAUAAAUUUGUAUAUUUAUUAACUGUACCAUAGUAUCACAGUUAAUUUGUUAUACAUCUGCAUAUAAUUGUUUCAACUGGAUAAUUAUGUAUUUGUCUGGACAUUCUCUCAUCUAUUUCAUGUCCAGCACCUUUACGUUAACUGGUCUUUACUUUGUCUUUAUAAACGCCUUUGCAUGUAUUUACUGGUAUGUUUUCUUGUACAUCCUUAAAACAAGGCAACCUAUCAAUA